UUCAAUAAAUUGCAAAAAUUGAUACAAAUAAGAUAAUUCUUGUAAUUUUAGUGCAUCGUGAGCAUAAUUUACCUUCAAAAAAAUGUCCACAGAAUCCACAUUUACAGGAGAAUAUUACUAUUCUUCGAGUAAUUUCAAAAUUCCCAAAGUAGAGCAAGAAAGACGUCCUGAAAGUGCUGCAGAUCCUUCAGAUGAAUAUUCGGGACUUUUUGGAGUUGUUGACAAUGUGGCAGAAUAUUUGGAUAAUAUGCAGGAGAGAUUUGGCCAAGAAAAGAAUUCUUUCGAUCACAAGCAAACCGGCAGGAAGGAACCUCAGCGUAAGCGGAAGGCUGAAAUGCCCCCAAAGGAGCCAAUUGAUGGUGACCAGCCAAUGCUUGAUGUUCAAGAGGCACCACCCUCGGAGCCAAGCACGAAGAGAAAUCGUGUAGGGCAUGUCCUCAUGGAGAUGCUCGAAGAGGAUCUUCCAGCUGAACUGAAGAGUCUCAUGAGGCCUCUAUGCUGCGAUCUUUGCAAUGUAAAGCUGAAUUCCGUUCUCACGGCAAAUAUGCACUAUGAGUCAAAGAAUCACGACAAGAAGAUUAAUAAUUGGCUCCUGGAGUGGUCAAAGAAGACCGGGCAGCCCCCACCGAAGCGUCAAAAAACAAUUAAAGAUGGACCCGUGGGACCAAAUGCCUUUCAUUGUGAAGCAUGUGACAUCCCAUUGACAUCCCUUCAGCACGCUAGGACACACUAUUCCGGGCGAAAGCACCAACUUGUUGUCUCGGGACGAACAAACCCUUCGGGAUCGGGGUACUACAACCCCGAAGGGAAGUGGGUGCGUCAAAGCACAAAGACAGUUCAUGAUCCAACGGGGCGUUUUGGUAUUGGUACAUCCUUCGUUGCACCACCCCCACCUCCUGCCGCUCCUACGACAAAUCAAGCCAUCUUUUGUAAGCUGUGCAACAUCUCAGUAACUUCGGAUUCACAAAUGAAGCUUCACCUGGAAGGUGCAAAGCACAACAAACGCCUCAAAGCUUCCACUGAUGCAACAUUUCCACCUACCAACAAUGACACCGUUAUGGAGAGCAUUGUGAGGCAGCAGAGUGGAUACAUCCCACCCAAAAGGGACAUUUCCAUUCAUCGAACCCCGUCGGGGAAUUACUACUGCAACGUCUGCGAUGUUACAGUCAACAACGACAACCUGUUCAAUCAGCAUCUUGAUAGUAAGAAGCACAUGAAGAAAUUGAAAGCAUCACAACAACAACAACAAUAGAGAUUAUAGCCGAUGUUGUAAAAAUAUUAUUUUACAUUAAAAAAAAAAAUAAACAAAAA